AUGACAACUAUAAAAGAGACAGGCAUCAAUGUUGUGUCGACACCGGUAGAAAUCAGAGACCGCCGAAAACAGGCAUCUCAAGAGCAUUCACAAGCGACCAAGUUUGACAUAUCAAUCAUUCAAUAUGACGCUGCGCUUGAAUCCAUCAUCGGGUCCAGACCAACUCACGCUCUCCUCCUGUCCUCUGUGGGGGGCACCGCCAAUGCGCUCUUUGACCGCGGCUGUAUCUACUUCCACCCUCGGAAUGAACUCUGGACUACCUCAGCGCCACUUGCGGCAACGGAUCCCACGCGCCCAGCCACCAUUCUCAUGUCCAAGGUGACUAUCACCGCUCAUCCGCGCGGCGAUACCUUGAACGUCGAAUGGGCCAAACUGCGACCUCCACCUGCGAUGCCGAUGCCAGCGAGCGGGUGUGUCGUGGAUGAUGGAAUUCUCUGGUGCUCUCAGGGGACCAUGCAACCCGGGACAGGCGGUGUUUUUCACAUGCCUGCAGGCCGGCCCCCAAAGGCGGUAGUUACAUCGUAUUAUGGCCGCGAUUUCAACUCGCCUCAUAGCGCGGCAUACACAGACAGCGGCGUAUGGUUUACUGACCCAUGUUGCGGACACGAUCUGGAUUUUAGGAGUCAACCACAGUUGCCGCCUUCAGUGUAUCGGUAUGACCGGGCAAAGGGGGAGGUGAGAGCCAUGGCAGAUGGGUUUGUUCGACCGACAGGGCUUGCUGUUGAUGAAGACUCCUCAACACUCUAUGUUGCAGACUCUGGGGGUGUGAAGUCCGAUGGAAGCUUGGACUUGGUUCAACCGCGGAGCGUUUAUGCCUUCGAUAUUGUCAGUAGAGGAGGCGCUAUAUUUCUGGCUAACAAGCGACUUUUCUCGCUCGCUAGGAGAGGAGCACCACAACAUAUCAUGUGUGAAGAUGGGAAUGUGUGGGCUGCUUGCGGCGAUGGUAUCGAAAUUUGGAAUAGUGGCGGAUCACUCUUGGGCCUGAUUAAGGUGACAGGUGGCGUUUCGAGCUUCUGCCGCGGGCCUGGUCACACCAUCUUUAUGUGUGCGGAACAGAGGCUAUGGAGACUUGAAUUCCCUGGAGCCCGUGGUCGAAAAGCUUCACUAGACCUCUCUGAGAACACUACGUGA